GUGGCAGUGACGUCAAUAUUUGUGUUAAGACCCGGAUAUUGUCCACAACCUGCACUCAGUUCAACCAUCAGAGAGGCGGAGUGGUGAUGAGUUGGUGGAUCCAUGAACGCACGGCGGCGUCACGGUCCUAAAAGCAGCCAGGACGGGGUGUAUACUGGGCCGUCUCAGACCCAGUCCCAGCUGGUCCAGCAGCUGGAAACCCCCCUGGCUGUCCCAGCACCCAUCGCCCCUGUCGUAGACACACUCAGCAUGUCCUGCCGAGACCGUACCGGCGAGUUUCAGUCCGUGUGCAAGUCCCUGCAGGGGAGACAGAAUGGAGCACAACCUGCCAGAGCUGUCAACAGUGCAGUCAGACAGCGGAGUGACUUCACACUCUUGGCUAAGCGAAUUGGAAGAGACCUCAGCAACACUUUUGCCAAGUUGGAGAAGCUCACAAUCCUUGCCAAAAGAAAGUCCCUUUUUGAUGACAAAGCAGCUGAAAUUGAUGAGCUCACUUACAUUGUAAAACAGGACAUUAACAGUCUAAAUAAGCAGAUAGCUGGCCUGCAGGAACUCGUUCGAUCACGGAGUGGACAGAAUGGCAGACAUCUUCAGACACAUUCCAACACCAUCGUAGUCUCAUUACAGUCCAAACUGGCAUCGAUGUCGACUGACUUCAAGUCAGUCCUGGAAGUCAGAACAGAGAACCUAAAGCAGCAGAGAAGCAGGCAAGAGCAAUUUUCUCAGACUCCUGCUUCAUCUUCCUCUUUCCACACCAACAGCUUCAACAAUUCAGUGCUUAUGCAGGACGACUCCAAGAAGACGGAUAUAUCUAUAGAUAUGGACCUCAGCUCCAGUCAGCAGAUGCAGUUAAUUGAUGAACGGGAUUCAUACAUUCAGAACCGCGCAGACACUAUGCAGAAUAUAGAGUCCACCAUUGUGGAGCUCGGAUCCAUAUUUCAGCAGCUGGCUCAUAUGGUGAAAGAACAGGAAGAGACCGUACAAAGAAUUGAUGCUAAUGUCGAGGACACUCAGCUGAACGUGGAUCUCGCGCACACGGAGAUACUCAAAUAUUUCCAGUCUGUGUCCAACAACCGCUGGCUGCUUAUCAAGAUGUUCCUAAUCCUCAUCAUUUUUUUCAUUGUCUUUGUGGUUUUCAUGACCUGACGUCCACUCUUAAGAGGGGCAGAUUUAAAGAAUCGGUUGCUUCUCAGUAUUUGAGGAAUGAAAGGGGCCGUUCUCUCAGUCUCUUUUUUUUUUUUUUUUUUCGAGCUCUCUUUUAGUGAUCUUUUCCUCGAAAUCGAUGGAAUUGAAUAUUCGUAAGACUCUAUGUAGACAGAGCAUUUGUCAGUUUGUAGUAGAUUUAAAACAGUUUGUCCAUUUAAAUUUCAAUCUGAUAUGUUUCUGUUUCUGUAUCUGUAGAGCCAACUCUUGAAAUUAUGUCCCAUAUUUUGCUUUACUAAAUCACACAGAUCCUUGAGUAAAGCCAGCAAUCGUCUCAUGGACAAAGAACCACAAUUUUAACAGAUUCUGGGUCACUUUUGAUUGAUAUUAAUCAUGUUACACAUGUUAACACCACAUGUUAAUCAUGUGUUUUGAGACCUUAUUAUGCAUUUGCAUUUUUUUCUCUCUGUUGUCUGAAUCUUGUAGUAGACCACCAAGCCAUCUCAAAUGACGAUUAUGCUUCUACACUUUUAUGAUGACUCUGACUAGAGGUUUUAAUAUGUAUUCUGUCUAUUUUUGAUUUUGGGAUCGAUUACCACUUUUACAAAACUUGUGAACACAGCAGGUGAGAAAUAAGUAUUUGGAGCCAGUGAACUUUUACAAAUAUUGGCCGUGAAUCAUGAAAGGUAAACACAAUUCGAACAGGAGGUUUUUUUUUGGUUUUUUUCAUUGGGUGUUUUAAUCAUCCUUUACAAGCUUGUUUGAAAUGUCUCAGUAUAUGGUUUCAGGGGGUCCAUGAGGAUACUCCAAAUGGUGUUUUCUAGAGAACACACCCAUUUGUGUUUAACUGGACAUUGAGAUUAGGGGAACAUCCCACCCACCAUUUGUGAAAUGCAUUCUGUAAAACAGAAGAACUGAAAAAAAAGGUAAUAGAAAUGAAUGCUUUGUUGUAAUGUCUGUUGAUACGUCUUUUUACAGUAGCAUAUGUAAGUAACUGAUUACUUAAAAUUCAUGAGAUUAUUAAUAAAAUUAAUAAUCUCAUGAAUUUUGUUAAUAAAAUUAAUCAAAGCUAUUUUUAAAUAAAGGACAAAAGUGGCAUUUUAAAACUGUUUAAUUCUUACAUUUGAUAUAUAUGCCACAUUUGAUGGAAGUGUACAAAAGAUCCAUGCUGCAUGAAUAAGAAAAAGAGCCAUGCACUCUUAAAAAUAAAGGUUCUUUAUUAGCAUCUGUGGUUCUGUGAAGAACCUUUAAUUUCAAUAGAACCUUUCCACACUCUCAGAAAAAAGGUACAAACUCACUGAGGCAGUACCCUUUCAAAAGGUACUAAUAUGUACCAUUUAAGGGUAAAUAAGGUACAAAGAUGUACCUUUUAGCUUUUGAACCUUUGUAUACCAGCUUUGUACCUGAGAGUGCAUUGCACAUAAGGUUCUUCAUAGUGGAAAAAUGUUCCUUAGAUUAUUAAAAUAUUCUUCACAUUAAGAAAAAACUUCACUGAAAGGUCCCCAAUGGUUCUUCCAUGGCACCACUGCAAAAAUCCCCAUUUGUAACCUUUAUUUUUAAGAGAUGUAAUGACAAUUGAGCUUUCUUCCGUUAUAUUUGAUGAGCAAGCAAUGCUUUAAAAUGACCUGUGCCGGUUGCCCAUAUCAUAAAGAGUUUCCUACUCCAAACA